ACAAAAACACGGAGUUCGUUAUUUUGAAAAACGGACGUCCGGAUUUUGGAAUUCAAUAUUUUUGAAAAAAAGAAAAUAAUUAUCGGAAAGACUUCUUUUGGAAUUAUAAUUUGAAAAGUUGUUGAAUUGAACAUUUUUAAAGUGGUGUUACGGUGUUCAAACGUGAUCAGUUUAGCUUGAAAAAGCCAUUCAGUUAUACACCAUGGAUAAAAACAUUUGCAGUACUCCAGAACCAUCACUAGCGGUGGAACUUCGUUCUGCUCUCCUAAAAGAAAAUAUUCUCACUACGAAAACAAAGAAGAGAGUAUUGGACGCACUUGACGAACAUAUCACUAAUGAUGAAGAUCGAAAAAUCGCUAUUCGUAGAAAGAAGACCAUCCAAGAAAUUUAUUCAUCUGAAGAAAGUUACUUGAGUCAGUUAGAAAAGCUGGUGAAAUUUUUCAAGAAACCGAUGGAGGAGCAAAAAAUGGCCCCAAUUUCGAUCCUAAACAUAUUAUUUGGAAAUAUCGAGUCUAUUCAAGAUGUAAACAAAGAAUUCCUGUCGCUUUUGAAAGAAAACAAAGGAAACGUUGCAUCUGCUUUUCUCUCCACAGCUCCGUUUUUUAAAUUGUAUUCGGCGUACGCUUACAAUUACAGGAACGUGAUUAGUAUUUUAGAGUCAUUACCCAAGACUAAUCCAACAUUACAAGAUUUCAUCAGUAAGCAAGAAACAAGACCCGAAGUUACUUCUAAAAUAAGUUCUUUACUAAUUGCUCCUGUUCAAAGAAUACCUCGGUAUCUUCUUCUACUCAAAGAAUUAAAAUCACUGACGCCGGAACCUUCUUUUGCGUCCGCUGAGUUGGAAGAAGCAAUCAAAGAAAUUAGUAUCAUCGUUGAUCAUAUACAAAGCUUAAUCAAAGAACAAGAGUGUAUGUCGAGGAUGUUAUUCAUUCAAAAAAGUCUACUGAACGGUAAACCUUCGAUUAUAGUUCCUGGACGUAAAUUGGUAAAAGAAGGAAAACUCAUGAAGGUUGUGAAAUCUGAAUUGUCCGCCCGUUACAUCGUUUUAUUGAAUGAUAUGAUUUUGUACUGUAAAGACUGGAACGGAUCAUCAUUAAAAUGUUUGAGAGUAUUGCCUAUAAGUAAAUGUGUAAUCAACGCGAUUGGAUUCAAAAAAGGUGUAUUCUCGGUGCAAUGUCAGUCUUUCUCUGUAGUUUUAUGUUCCGUCGAUGAUCCGCAAGUAGCUCACGAAUGGGUUGAGGCCAUUCAAAACGUCAUUGAUCAACAUAAAGAAGACAGAAAAAUGCUCAGAAAGCAAAGCAGUCAACGCCGUCCGUUACGUCGUCGAGACUUCAAUCAGCUUGAGGAUCCCAACGACAUAUUGAGAAAAAAAAGAAAAACUACAUCGGAAAACGAUGAAGUAUGUGUUAUCAGCCCAUGGAAAAAAUUGAAAACUUGUUCCACUGUUCAAACAUUAGAAUCUGACAAGGUCUCCGAAAAAAAAGAAAAGCUCCAAGAAGGAACAUCCUAUUUGAAAUUAGCAAAACAAUUGAUCACUAGUGUGAAACAAACCACUCAAAAAAUUGUGAGUGAAGUUGACGGUGGUAUAUGUCAACCUGUUUCGAGUAAACCUGCGAUAACCGACUAAUAGCUAGUGAACGUUUGUGAACCUUUUUUUAUGAAUUUGUGACGACUCGCGCUUUCUUUAUUUUGUUCUUAGACUUACUCAUAUUCAAGUCAUUCAUUUAUUGGUACAUAUGGUUGUAUUUCUUCAUUACUAUUGCUUCAAUAUUUUAAUGUAUUUAGAAUUAAUGAUCCGAAUGUAAGAUUAUAGUAUUUUUGUGUGUUUUGACAGCACGUUGACUUUCCUAAUGUAAAUUGAACCGGUAUUUUAAUGCAAUGCAUUUUUAUCCUAUGUAAUAAUUGACACUGCGUGUUUUAGUAAUUAAUAGUUAAGCAUAAGUGAAAACUUAUUCAUAAGAUCUCCUUGGAAUUCUCUCUUUAUUCUUUUUAUUUGAUUUUGAAAAUAUAAAAUGUUUUCCUAUUGA